UCACCGGGUGCAAUGGGUCGACCUGGUAUGGAUGGCCUACCUGGUGCUAGAGGUGAAAUGGGCAGCCACGGUGCUGAUGGAGAAACUGGCCCCAAGGGAUUGCCCGGUCCUACUGGACCACCUGGCCGAGCCGGUCCCACCGGAAAGUCCGGAAUGCCGGGAAUGGCAGGAGCUAUGGGCCCACCUGGACCCCCUGGUCCACCGUUAUUUGAUCUAUUUUAUGCAAAUCUACGUCUGUUUGUGUUCUACGUGCAACUCUUCUCUAUCUUUUAG